CUGUUGAGACACGCUUUCGAUAAGAACCAGGGUCCAAGCUGUGCCCACCAUGUAUAGUGUACCUAGGUACUAAGUACAUAGGUAAAGUCUUGCGCUAAGACGAUCUGUGGCUUAGAAGAUCGCGGGGCAGGCGCGUUACCUAAGGUUCCAGUUAAAUGGCGUGGCUUAUAUUGAAUGACAUAGGUACCUAACAGGAGGUACCUAAGCUUUAACGCCGUUUAUCGUUUACGCGUUUGGUACUAAGUACAAUACAUGAUAUAUCGAUAAUCUUCCAAUUACUUGACCAUCUCAUGAUCCUGACGGCCAAUAUCCCAGGAUCUCACAUAGUUCCUAUGGAAAUGCUCUCAACCAAAUACGCAAAUGAAUCCUAUACUUUCUAAGCCAACAAGAUGGCGGAUGAAGACUUUGCCGACGUAUUCGCAUUUCCAGAUUACAACUUAUCUUCAAAGUUGUUAACGCUUUCAUCAGGGUCGGAUAGCCAAUUCUUCAAUACCGACCUUCCAGGUUCCAAUAAGUCGGCUGAAGGCCAUGUUACCGUCAAGCCCGCCAACGCAGACGUCGAUGGGUUCUUCAAGCUGCCUGAUUCACUACUACCUAUAGAUCUCAAUGGGAUUGAUGAGACAGACUACCAGAUUGCCCCCAUUCCCGAAACACUUCAUGACGUAAAUUUGCAUGACCUCGAUGUGUUUGACGAUUCGUGGCUUCUGAAGGACAAACCAGCACAAGUUGAAUUCGAGUACAAAACGUGGGACGGUUUCUUGGUGCCUGAUACUCCUCAGCCGGCACCAUUAUUUAUUACCGAAGCCGGGCCAGGAACAUAUGACGCUGUAAUUAAACAUACAGAAGAUCCCCUCGGUAUUGGGAAUUCUGAGAGCAAUGUUAUUCAAACUAGCCCGUAUCUUACAGCCUUGUUAGGCCUUGCGUUUGGCAGAGGCUCGGUCUUUUUCACGUGGGACGAGAACAAAGCUUGUUUCAUUCCCAAUCUAGACAAGAUGAGAAUUUCAGGUUACUCUUUACAAGUCCUACAGGGCCUUCAGCAGUGUUGUCUAGAAUGUGGAAACACAACUCGUUUUCUUUCAACCUAUGUACAAGCCAUAUAUGAGACGCGGCCGGGUGCAGUCAGGGUUGCUAUCGCGAAGGCCGUGGAUAUGACUUUAAUGACUAUUCAAAAGAUCCUCGGAGCUAGGGCGAGACAAAUACGGUCUCUCCUACAGCUGAAGUCACUUAUCCAACCCAUCCAGACAGUGCUCGCAUAUUUCAAAAACUUGAUAUUGAAUGUUUCGAAGACAAGGACCGACGAGCAAGCAUUAUCUCUCAUCUUCGAGGAAGCUCAAUCACUAGAGCAUAGCAAUGCGCUCUUGAGCGUAGUUAUGCGUGAAGUCCUAUCACGUGUCUCUACGCCUUGGACUCAGUUCGCAGAGAAGUGGAUAGGGGUUCGAACCGAAACAGGGGUACCAUUAACCAAAGAGGAUCCCGGGAACAGCUUUAUCAAAGUCGGAAAUAUUCAGGUCGUAGACGAUUUGGGAUUUGAGGCCGACGAGCUUGAUUACAUCCUUGAUGAAGAGCGUAUGCCAACGUUUAUUCCGAGCGAGGUAGCUCUAGUUAUGUUCGAGACCGGCAAAACUCUACGGCUCCUCCGCACACAUCAUCCAGAACAUCCAAUCUGCCAGAUAGAGCUUAUCAUCAAAAGCAAUCCUCCCCUUCUCCAAUGGCACUUCGAUUGGAAAUCCAUAGAACGAUUUCAAGAAGACGUAAAAGCCUACGAGAAAAGCCUGUCCAAAAGUCUACAUCAUCAGCCUACAGGGGGAAGUGCUAUAUGCCAACUAACGAGCUCGACUGAUAGUUUGCCAGAUGGGAACUAUACUUUGCAGUUUUUCGGGCACGGAGAAACAGAACUUGAAGGACAAUUACUAGCUUCCAUUGCAGCACUCGAUAAACCACCAACUACAACUUCCGGGGAAGACAACUUGGCAAGAUUGCUUAACGACGACUUAUUCAAGACGGCGGCCAUUGUCGAGCAGGAGAUUUCUGACUUCUCACCGCAUUGGUCAUUAAUACCAUAUUAUUCUUUCGGGCCGCUCGUUGCAGCACAAGCACGAGUCAUCAAUCGGGAAUAUAUGAAGUUACUCUUCGGUGCACAUCACCUACGCGAUCAUUUAUCCCUGCAGAAGCAAUUUCAUCUACUCGGAAACGGCAUGUUCUGCAGUCGCCUUUCCCACGCAUUAUUUGACCCUAACCUUGACACUGCUGAACGACAGAUGGGUGUUGCUCUCAGUGGUGGUACAAUGGGACUUCGCUUGAGUGGAAGAGAUACUUGGCCUCCGGCCAGUUCGGAACUUCGGUUAACUUUGAUGGGGGUUCUAGCAGAAAAUUUUCUGCCCUCGUCACCUAAGACUGUUCCUUUCAUAGAUGGAAAAUAUGAUCUACCCGGCGACAUUAGCUUUGGUGUACGAGAUCUUUCGAGCGAGGAAAUCGACAAAUGCUUAGACCCCGGCUCGCUGGAAGCAUUGGACUUCCUUCGGCUCUCGUAUAAGCCUCCUGCUCCUCUCUCCCCUAUUUUUGCUCCGGUGAUUCUACUCAAGUACGACAAAAUAUUUAGAUUGUUGCUUAGGGUGCUCCGAAUGCUCUAUGUUGUUGAACAACUCUUUCGAGAUACUCUUGCGAGAACAUCCAAUUGGUACAAUAUCGGCAAUACUUCAAUACGGUUUCGCUUUGAAGCACAUAAUUUCGUUACAAGCAUAAGCUCUUACUUCUUUGAUACGGGCAUUGAGAUGCCAUGGAAACAAUUCGAAACCCGACUUGCAGAUAUAGAAGAUAACCUUUCAAAACUAGACCUUGAUCCCCAAGACGCACGCAUUCUCAGCCCAGACGAGCUACGAGAAGAACACGAACGACUACUUGAUCACAUCAUGCAUACAUUGUUGCUUAGAAAGCGACAGCAGCCGGUUAUGAAAUUACUAGAAGAUAUUUUUAGUAUUAUUCUGAAGUUUUCCAAAGUAGCCCGCUUAGAGGCAUCAGGUAACAAGGAAGGCAAAACUCGGGGCUUAUCGCCAACAAGUCUUUACGAUACCUUCAAGAAGAAGGUAGACAUUUUCAUAACUGUAUGUCGCGCUCUCCAAGAGAAGGGAGGUCUUAAAGGGAAACCGGCCGCAAACGAUAUAAUGGCGGAUGAUGGAAGACGUGGUGAGGACGUCAAGGAGGAGAAUACCAUUGAUAAACUCUUGAUCAAACUUGAUAUGUCAGGUUAUUACGGGCACAUGAAGAAUUGAUUAAAUACAAACAUAAGAUAUCCUAAAUGAAUAAGAUUCCAUGAUAAUUGUAGUUUGACA